UGUCAUCGCAUACGAAAACAACCCACCCAAACUAAUAGCAAAUCGUAAAUAAAUUAGGAAAAGUUUGUUUUAAACGUUUUAGACAAAUUUGUUGUGUAACCUGCAGUUUACAGUACCCAGCAUGAUUGAAGUAAUUCUUGGUAAGCAUAUCUACCGACUAGAAGCAGCAGAGCUGCUCUCCGAAGAUUUCUACCAGUGGAUCGAAAGCAAAACGGGUCUUCCACCAUCCGAUUACUUCCUAACUCAAAAUGGAAAAUGCCUUCCGGAGAAACAAAGCUUCGCCAAUCUACAGCAUGCCAUCCCGAUUCGACUGCACGAGCGGCUCCAGGGUGGUAAAGGCGGAUUCGGCUCCAUGUUGCGUGCUAUCGGUGCCCAGAUCGAAAAGACCACCAAUCGAGAAGCGUGCCGUGAUCUGAGCGGUCGCCGACUCCGAGACAUUAACGAGGAGAAACGCCUGAAAGCCUACCUCGACAAACAAAAGGAUGCUCCGGCGGAUGAGGCAGCGAAGCUGCAGAAAAAAAUCGACAAACUGCUGGCAAAACCAAAGCACGAAUUCCACGAUGAGGAGUACAAUCGGGUCAGGAGCGAUUUGACGCAGAAUGUCGACGAAGCCGUACAGGAAGGCUUCCGGAAGGCACUCGAAGCUGAGAGAGCCGCGGAGUCUGCUGGUGGUGUGAAGCGGAAAAAUGCCACAACCGACAAUGGAAAGGGUGGCAAAAAGAAGAAGCAACAAGCGAAGGGAUCGUUAUGGCUGGGAGCGGACGAUUUGGGUUCGUCUUCAUCGUCUUCCUCGGACAGUGAGUCCGAAGAUUCUGGUGGAUCCGAUUCGGUUGGUUCGCCCAGUGGGGCGACGGCACCGAUGGCGGUUCCCGAUGAUAGGAAUGAGACAGGAGAGAAGCUGACAGAGCAGCAGGAGAAACAAGCAGUGACCAGUAGUUAAGCUUUAAUCUUUUUGUGUUUUAUUGUAUUAAAUAUAAUAUAUAAUGUAAAGUAAUAA